AUGGACAUCGAGGUGCAUAAAACCUUGGAGCGAUUCCGUGCCCUUCGAAACUCGAAUCGUCGAGAACUCUACCAUGGACUGCUAGACCAACUACGUCGAGAUGAAUGGCGAGAGGUUAAAGCACGUGCCGAUGAAGUAUCUUUCAAUUGCGACAUAUUGGGUAGUUCACCGCUUGAGAUUGUUUCAUUGGUGGCUGCCCAUAUGAACUUGGCUGAUCUGGUCGUGCUCCAACGGGCAAGUAUAUCGCCAUUUCCACAUAACAUCAGUGGGCUAAAUCUCCCCAGAUGGAAGGAGAUUCUAUCUUCUCCUACAGUACAAUCUUCUGCCAUUCAAUCGGUCAUGGGACACAAGUCAACAACCCAGCUUGAUGACGAUGCGUCUCCUGCCCAGCUUAUCAGGAAAAGAGUUCGCAUGGAACGAGGUCAGCCCACGUCAAAAUUUAAAUUACGCUCGCCUUUCUCAAAGGAACACGAUGUGUGGAUGGUAUCAGGUGGUGUUGGAUACUAUAAUGAUACCUAUGCAUGGCUGGAGGGCGCACUGGGUCGAACGUCUAUCUCACUUCUGAAUCUUCGGACUGGAGUGAGGAAUCAGCUAACGACAGAAAAUCGCGAGAAAUUGUCGGAGCUGAACAUCUCAAAGAAAGUCAUUGCGGCUAUCUCAAUUCGAGGGUAUUGCCAUGUUUGGGAUCUCGAGACCCUGGCACACAAGGCUUUUCGACUGCCAUCACGUUCCUACACACAUUUUUUGAUAACCGGAAUCCAAAUUGUGAUUGCUUUCCAAGAUCACAUUGUCCACUGGGACUUUGAUUCUGAAGCAGCUCGCACACUCAAAGUCGACUCUAGCGUCGCCUUGUUGGCAAUGGGUCCUGCCAAAGAUGAGCUAACAGUUGCUUCACUGAUCGACAGCUCUGGGGACAUUUCUAAUUAUCCCCCUUGGCGACAUUCUUGUGACAGUCGACUUCAGCUGCGCAUCAAAAGAUAUGUCGUUGGCACUUCCAACAAUUUCCAUCUCCUGCAUACUCAAUGCCAACGCCUUCCUUUUGAAGCCCCCUUCGAGUGGACAUGGUCCCCUAGUGAGGCAUUCGAGCACAUAGGUCGUGACCAGAGCAGCGUUGUGUUUCAUAGAUGUCCAAUCGCAGAGGAACACGACGAUACGCCUCUUACCGGACUCGAUCAACAGGAAUAUAAAGUCAACUUUUCAUUCAAUACGACCAGGGACCACGUUGACGUGCACGUGGCCCCUGCUGGCGCAGCUUACAUUGAUCAGGAUCUGAUCUAUACAUUCGGAAAGAUGGACCCCUCGCGUAUACAAAUUUGCACUGCAAUAUCCAAGAGGACCCUGCAGUAUUACCCAGUCCGACGCAAGAUACCAGGUAUGAACUACCAAUGGAUUCAUGGAGAUCAAAGCUUUGUGGUCUUCGUUGGCAUGGAGGAUGUCGAGAUAUGGAGCUUUGAUGAGAACUGUCAACCCGCUGAGAUACAAGGGGCUUAUUGA